AUGUCUCAUUGGUCAGAGGGCGUGUGCGAAUCCGUCAUCAGGAGAGAUAAGGAUGGCGCGCUCAAUAUCAGAAUUCGCGGCGGGGCAGAAGAUGGAACUUUUCCUUACUUUGGCCCGGUCGAGUCCACCAAGAUAAAAUACGAGUCGGGUGUGCCGAUCGAUGAGGGCAAUAUCUUGCUUGAAGUGAACGGGCAGACCGUGGCUGGGUUGACACUGUAUGAUUUGAAUACUAUCAUCGCCUCGACAGAAGAUCCCGUUCAGCUGAAAAGUGUCAAAGAAACGAAUGGCAUUUCGAAGCAAUUGAGACAGUACCUGAGUCUGAAUGUGACGAGAGAAUCGGUCGAUCACGAUCUUCAAUCAAUGAUCAGGGACAAUCUUUAUCUGCGAACAAUGCCCUGUACAACCCGUUCUCCUCGCGAAAACGAAGUAGACGGAGUUGAUUACCGAUUUUUGACGAAAGAGGAAUUUGAAGAUCUUGAAAAGAAAGGAAUGCUCGUCGAAGCCGGACUCUACGAAGGAAAUUUCUACGGAACUCCGAGGCCGCCGAAGACGCCGCCAGACAGUCCGCUUAUAGAAAGUUGGCGGGAGCCGAGUCAGACUCAUAUCGAAUCGAAUGGAAAAGCUGGUGGAAAUUUACCAGAUGGUUGGGAAAUGGCAAGAACUGAAUCUGGUGAGGUUUACUUUAUCGACCAUGUCAAUGAAAAGACAUCGUGGGUGCACCCAGAUCAAUUAUUCGACGGCGCGAACAAAGGAGAGCCCGCUAUUCCAGAGCCGAUGGUGAUUCAAGCAGAUCCCCCACCGCCUCAUCCCUCGAGAAACGCCAAUAAAGAGCGACCUAAUAUUCACAUGUCUCUCGAAGGGGAGGUGAUCGACGUAAUCCUGUGCAAAGGAGAGCGCGGUUUCGGAUUCACAAUUAUCGGCGGCGACGAGCCCGGUGAAUUCAUUCAAAUCAAAUCUAUCGUUGCCCAAGGGCUGACGGGAGUGAUCCCAGGAGACAUGCUCCUCCGGGUGAACGACGAAGCAGUUCUAGGGCGGCCCCAUCGCGACGUGGUCAAAAUGUUUGAACAAGUUGCGCCGGGCCAGACCGCUGCGCUACAACUUCUCAGAGGCUAUCCGCUGCCGGCCGAUGCUGAAGAAGAAAAUCAACAAAACAUUCCAAAGCUUGACUCCUCCGCUUCCGACUCGAAAAACAACCAUCGUUCAAUGCCAGACCUCGCCAAAUUGACCUUUUCCACUCAUCCCUCCUCCACCACCCGAACAAUCUCCCAACCUCACCUUUCUCUCGACCUGAACGGCCACCACCACCAUGGUGGAAUGAGUUCCAUGCAUACCAUCUCCGUGCCAAUCGUCAAGGGAGAGAGAGGAUUCGGUUUUACGGUUGCUGACGCAGCUCUUGGACAGAUUGUCAAAGAUAUUGUUCAGCCUCUCAGAUGCGGUUCUCUUCAGCCAGAUGAUUUGAUAUCGGCGAUUAAUGGAGAAGACGUUUCUCAUUUAUCUCAUGAUCUCUUGGUCGGAAAGCUCCAAAGCUUCAAACUAGGAGAUGAAGUGACAAUUACAGUCAGACGAAACAACGAGCCAAGCCCAAGCUCCAUUGCCAGUAGCGCAGGCGCACUCAUUCCGAAAAAUAAUCAGCCCUUUGAAGCGCUCUUAUUCGAAUAUCGACAACGAGCUCUAGGGGAAUUCGAAGUUGUUCUGCACCGACAACCGACUGGUUUUGGAUUCAGGAUUUUGACUGGUGAAACUGGUACUCCUGGUGCUUCUAUUGGAGAUAUCAUUCCAGGGGGCUCCGCUGCUCACAGUGGCCAAAUGCAAAGGGGUGAUCGCCUACUCGCCGUGGACGGACAUGCUGUCAGUGGCCUCUCCCACUCCGAUGUUAUCCAGCUCAUGUCCAAAGCAGCCCGCGUUGGCCACGUGACCUUGGCCCUUCGCCGCGAUGGGAUCAACGGAUCAGUAACUGGCUCUGAGCCGGGGAUCAACGGCGGCUCAGAACCCGCCCAAAUGCGCCGAUACCACUCGAGCUCGACAUUCAAAAACAGUGAGUUUUCUGAUCACUCCAGAGAAGAUAUGCUGACAAGUUCUGGGGUUGAGUUUACUUCUAUGAGGGAAAGCGUCAUUUUACAGCGACAAAAGGAUGAAGGCUUCGGUUUCAUCAUCAUGUCAAGUUCCAGGACGAUUCCAAGACAUCGUGUUGGAAAAGUAAUGCUGGAUUCUCCCGCUUAUCGCUCAAAACUCCGAGUUGGAGACCGCGUUCUAGCUGUAAACGACGUUUCCAUUGAUGAUUUGAGUCAUGACAACAUCGUCGCUUGCAUCAGAAAAUCUGGCCAAACCCUUCGUCUUCUCACAAUUCCUGUUUUGAAGUGGCGGACUCCGCUAACCCGCUCCGCCGGCGGCUUCGGUUUCGGCCUCCGCGGGGGACGAGAUCAUAAUUUGCCCUUUUACAUCCUUCGUCUUGCCUCAGAUGGGCCAGCUGCGAAAUCGGGAGAACUGAGGGUGGGAGAUAUUGUCGAAGAAAUCAACCAGACCUCCACAGACGGGCUGACGCAUGCCGAAGCAAUCGACCUGAUUAAAUCCGGCGGAAAUCAUCUUGUCAUCACUCUGCGCCGGGGAGACGGCACCGUUCCCGAUUUAACUGGCCAAAACUCCCGGCCUGGAUUAAUUGCCCCGAGCAGAUGA